CUGCUGUUGUGUCCGUCAGGGGACAAGUCGUCAUGUCGUGAGAUGGUGGUUCACAGCAACAGUCUCCAGGUCGGAGGUUUGACCCCAGGAUCAGAUUAUGACAUCACCAUCCUGAGCCUGCUGGUAUCGGACUUCAGCCAGCCUGUCACUACACAGUUCUCCACACGUAAGACACACACACACACACACACGCACGCAAAUCAACCUCUUUGUGGCAACUCUUAAUGUGGCUAGCCAUAUCAGGGCCAUAUCAAAGCUCCUAGUAGUAACCUUUAACCCUCAGAGACUGAGACAGAGCUGAAUAUGAGAUGAGAUAGAUGAGAUGUUAUACUAACGUGUGUGUGUGUGUGUGUGUCUGAUGCAGGUCCGGCCGGUGUGUGUUCACUCUCUCUGCUCUAUGUUAACUCUUCCUGUGCCGUGGUGAGGUGGGACGCUGCCAUUGGCCAGUUUGACUUCCACAGGGUAACUGUGAGAAAUGGCUCUCAAACACAUACGCUAGAGGUAUCCAGGGAGAUGCAGGUUGCUACAGUAACUGGGUUGAGGGAUGGCUGUAGCUACAAUAUGAGCGUGGAGCGCAUCAGACGAGGAGAGGCAGGGACAGCUGCCUCCCUGACUGUAACCACAGGUACCUGAGUGUAACACAACUACAUUACUCUGACCACGCUAUGAUCACAGCUCAACCACAACUUCCCUGAUUUUAAGCAUGGGUCACUCAAUAAGUUAUACAUAAAAUAUUUAUCUCUUUCUCUGUGUCCCUCCAUCUCUCGCCCCUCUCUUUUUAUCUUUCUCUCUCUCUCUCUCUAUCUCUCUCUCUCUCUCUCUCUCUCUCUCUGUCUCUCUCUCUCUCUCUCUCUCUCUCUCUCUCUCUCUCUCUCUCUCUCUCUCUCUCUCUCUCUGUAUCCCUCAGUGCUGGGCCAUGUGCGGGGUGUGUAUGUGGUUAGUGUGUCUGCUCAGAACUUCUCUCUGCGUUGGGAGCAGUCAGAGGGCUGUGUGGACCAGUACCUCGUCAGCCUGCUGCCCAACCAAGGAACUGUCUCUGUCUACCACACACACGAUGGACGCGUACAGGUACACACACACGGAAGCUAUUACAUAGUAGACGUUAGCAGCAGCAGUGGAGACAGGAGUUAAUCUGCUUCUGUAAAUGUCAACAUAAGUGAGUUAUGGAGACACACACACACACACCUAUACUAACACAUACCUCCCCUCACCCAGAUCCCACCCCUUCCCGACCUUGCCCAGCAGCCAGGUGUCAGAUACCCCCAGCGUAACCUAACACAAAAACACACACAUACACACACAGGUUGAGUAAUAGAGCUCAUUAUUUAUUAGGUAGACCUACUGAGCUCAACCCUGAAUCAUUCAUUUGGUGAAGCUGCUCUCCCCAGAGAGAGAGAGCGAGAGAGAGUUUGCCUGCAUGGAGUUAUGGUGCACACACUGCCCUGCCUCUCUCUGACCUAACCGGCUAACUGCUGACCACUGGACGAUGGCUAACGGUGGACUGGGUUACUACCAGAGCUGGACUACAUCUACUAUUGCUGUAGCUAACCUGUUGCUACCCUAAGACUGGACUAUUACUACUACUGUAAUCUUUCUGCUCUAAUUGUUUCUACAUUGUGGUGACAUGUACUGCCCUCAAACUCUUCAACUCUAACCUGCUAACCGUAGCUAACUAUCGCUAACUGUGGACUGGGUUACUACGUUAGGCCUGGAUGACUGCUCUAAGAUCUAACCUGCUGUAACACUGUGACCUGCUGUAGCUAAAUUGCUGACAACACUGGAUUGAACAAUGGCGCUAAGCCCUCUAACCUUGAGCUAAUGUGUAGCACUGGACGCUAACAUUGCCUCUUUCUCGCUAACCUGCUGCCUCUGACCAGCAAACAGCUAACUGGGCUAACAGGUAACUGGGCUAACUGGGGUAACUAGGCUAACAGGGCUAACUGGGCUAGCUGCAGCAUGGCCAUCACUCUCCUCCUGAUCAUCACCUUCUACCUGGGUUACACACACUCACAGGUUAGACUGCUCCACACACACACACACACACACAGUCAUCUGCAACCACAUACUGUAGUUGUGUUGUGGUUGUGUUCAUGUUCUGACCGUGCAGUCUCUUCUCAGGCUGAUGUUUCCAGUCUGAGUCCUCGAACAGUGUUUACGGUCAUGGUGACCGCCGCCUCCUCCUCCAACCUCAGCCCUCCGGUCAGCCGCAUAAUCAACACCAACGAGACCGGUGAGAUGUGUUACAGCCGAACUGAUAGUGGUCUGCUCUGAGGAAACUGUUCUGCUGCUGCCCUCUGCUGAUAAUGGCUGAUAAUAUUUAUUAUCUCCCACACUGUGCGUGUGUGUGCGUGUGUGUGUGUGUGUGUGUGUAUAUGUGUGUGUGUGUGUGUGUGUGUGUGUGUGUGUGUGUGUGUGUGUGUGUGUGUGUGUGUGUGUGUGCGCGCGCGUGCGGUGUGUAGGUGUGUGUGUGUGUUUGUAGGUGUGUGUACGUUUGUGUGUGUGUGUGGUAACUCUAGCCUUGCUAAGCAGGAUGAAUGAUGCUGUAGUGAAUGUCAGUGAAAUGCCAGAGCUCUGAGGGUCUAUUCACCAGAAUAGAGCAAGCUGGUCAUACACACCCAUAAUGUCUCAUCAUUCUCCCAGUUUGUUGAAUGGACUUCCUAGUUUAGGCAGGAUGUACUGUUAUGUAUGGAUUGGAUUCUUUCUGGAAUAUGGCCUUAACAGUUCUCCUCUCGUCUCUUCUUCUUUCCUCUCCCUCCUCCUCUCCCAGCCCCAACAUCCCCUCCCACCAAUCUAGAGGGGGAGCGGGUGGGCUCCAAUGGGAUCCUUCUAUCUUGGACCAUGCCCUCUGACUCCCGCAUCGACGGUUAUGUCAUCAGGUAAGGAGACAUAUGAUGUAGACCCAGAUUAAGCCUUCUCCUGGAACACUAUGAGGGGAAUAACACUGUAAGGGGAAUAGGGGGUUGAUAUUCCACCACUAUUUACCUCUAAAUAAAGUUUAAAUAAAGUUGUUUGUAUAUCAUCUGGUGUUUAAAUAAAGUUGUUUGUUUAUCAUCUGGUGUUUAAAUAAAGUUGUUUCUAUUUAAUUUAAUAGGUACAAGGAGGUGUGUCCGUAUCCAGACACCACCUUCAAAGAGGUGACCAAACACCUGGACAUCCCUGAGACCCUUCUCAACCUCUUUUUACCAGGGUCUACCUAUAACAUCAAGGUAACAAUCAUACAGUAAACAUACUGUAAGUAACGUCUCUCUGCUCUCGCACUCUUUCACACACACAUCUAGAAGGUAAUCAUACACAGGAGAGGCUAUACAGACAUGCCUGGUGUCCAAAACUUACCAGUCAAAACAGUACCAGUCAAAAUUUUGGACACACCUACUCAUUCAAGGGUUUUUCUUUAUUUUUACUAUUUUCUACAUUGUAGAAUAAUAGUGAAGACAUCAAAAGUAUGAAAUAACACACAUGGAAUCAUGUAGUAACUGAAAAAGUGUUAAACAAAUCAAAAUAUAUUUUAUAUUUGAGAUUCUUCAAAGUAGCCACCUUUUGCCUUGAUGACAGCUUUGCACACUCUUGGCAUUCUCUCAACCAUGAGGUAGUCACCUGGAAUGUAUUUCAAUUAACAGGUGUGCCUUCUUAAAAGUUAAUCGCCUGGAGCGAUAAUUGAUAGGGAAAACUGACUUAAUCCUCCCAAAUAAAAAUAGUUAAUUGACAAAAACAAAACCAAACUCCCACUUCUUCCUUCCUUCAAAUCUCCAUAUAUCCCUUCUCAGGCUCUGGGGCCUAAGAGGGUGGUACGGCUUGUGACAAUACUCCAUGCAACUCCUCCACUGAGAAAUCUUUCAGUCCCAGGUACUGCGCCGCCGCAUCCACAAUGAUAUCUAUUUUCCUGGACCUUCUCUCCACUUUGGCAGUGCCAUUAAUCCCCAUAGCUAUGAAGGCCACAAAGUCCACCGUCUUAGCCUUUAAAAUAUAUGGGUCCUGCUGAUGAAAGGCAACCCCUGCAGCCUGCAGGGAAGGCCUAUCCACCACCAUGGACUCUUCAGGAGCAUCAUUCGAACCCUCAACCCUUUUAACAGCCGCUGCAUAUGAAAUGCUCUGGACAGCCCUGACUUUGGCCAGCUCAUUCUCUUUCACCCUGGUCGGGCAUUCCAAAGACAUGGCUUCAUGGUUCCCACCACAAUUGCAACAAGUUCAUCGCUUUUAAAACACAUGACAUGAUCUUUUCCACAACUUGGACAUCCCGGCUUCUCCCUUCUUCAAAAACUUGAAACAUGUCCAAAAGCUUUACAGUGAUCACACUGCAUUGGUCUUGGGAUAAAUGCUCUGAUUAUGUAGUUUAUACAGUGCAUUCGGAAAGUAUUCAGACCCCUUCCCUUUUUCCACAUUUUGUUACGUUACAGCCUUAUUUUAAAAUGUAUUAAAUAUAAAAGUGUCCUCAUCAAUCUACACAUAAUACCCCAUAAUGACAAAGCGUAAACAGGUCUUUAGAAUUUGUUGCUAAUUUACAAAAAAUAAAAAACAGAAAUACCUUAUUUACGUAAGUAUUCAUGCAUUUUGCUAUGAGACUCGAAAUUGAGCUCAGGUGCAUCCUGUUUCCAUUGAUCAUCCUUGAAAUGUUUCUACAACUUGAUUGGAGUCCACCUGUGGUUAAUUCAAUUGAUUGAACAUGAUUUGGAAAGGCACACACCUGUCUAUAUAAGGUCCCACAGUUGACAGUGCAUGUCAGAGCAAAAACCAAGCCAUGAGGUCGAAGGAAUUGUCCGUAGAGCUCCGAGACAGGAUUGUGUCGAGGCACAGAUCUGGGGAGGGGUACCAAAACAUUUCGGCAGCAUUGAAGGUCCCCAAGAACACAGUGGCCUCAAUUAUUCUUAAAUGGAAGAAGUUUGGAACCACCAAGACUCUUCCUAGAGCUGGCCGCCCAGCCAAACUGAACAAUAGGGGGAGAAGGGCCUUGGUCAGGGAGGUGACCAAUUACCCGAUGGUCACUCUGACAGAGCUCCAGAGUUACUCUGUGGAGAUGGUUGUCCUUCUGGAAGGUUCUCCCAUCUCUGCAGCAUUCCACCAAUCAGGUCUUUAUGGUACAGUGGCCAGACGGAAGCCACUCCUCAGUAAAAGGCACAUGACAGCCACUUGGCACCUAAAGGACUCGGACCAUGAGAAACAUGAUUCUGUAGCCUGAUGAAACCAAGAUUGAACUCUUUGACCUGAAUGCCAAACGUCACGUCUGGAGGAAACCUGGCCCCAUCCCUACAGUGAAGCAUGGUGGUGGCAGCAUCAUGCUGUGGGGAUGUUUUUCAGUGGCUGCAGGUACUGGGCGACUAGUCAGGAUCGAGGGAAGGAUGAAUGGAGCAAAGUACAGAGAGAUCCUUCAUGAAAACCUGAUUCAGAGUGCUCAGGACCUCAGACUGGGGCGAAGGUUCACCUUCCAACAGAACAACGACCCUAAGCACACAGCCAAGACAAUGCAGGAGUGACUUCGGGACAAGUCUCUGAAUGUCCAUGAGUGGCCCAGCCAGAGCCUGGACUUGAACCCGAUCAAACAUCUCUGGAGAGACCUGAAAAUAGCUGUGCAGCAAUGCUCCCCAUCCAACCUGACUGAGCUUGACAGGAUCUGCAGAGAAGAAUGGGAGAAACUCCCCAAAUACAGGUGUGCCAAGUUUGUAGCAUCAUACCCAAGAAGACUCAAGGCUGUAAUCGCUGCCAAAGGUGCUUCAACAAAGUAUUGAGUAAAGGGUCUGAAUACAGAAUUUUUUUUUAAAAAUAAAGUUUUUGCUUUGUCAUUGGGUGUAGAUUGAUGAGGGGAGAAAAAAGCAAUUUAAUCAAUUUUAGAAUAAGGCUGUAACUUAACAAAAUGUGUAAAAAGUCAAGGGGUCUGAAUACCUUCAGAAUAAAGUGUAUACCCCAACUGCAGUUGAGUAGGGAGAGACUCCAUAUCAAAAAAACUAAAGAAGAGAUAGACUCUUCACUUUUUUAUCAUUCACCACCCGAUUCAUCCAACGUGCAUCCAUCACUCCAGGAAUAUUUUUCAUCUCUUCAACAUCGAAUUCCUACGAGCGGCAGAUAUAACCCCCUUGAGGGGUGCCCUUUUCCGAAGAGACACACACGACACGUCAAACUUCUCAAAUCGGGUGGGACGCAACAUACAUUCCUCCUGAUCCUCAGAAGUACAACAAAUCUAAACAAGCCCGCCUCGUGAUCCUCACAGCCUUCACUUUACCCAGCUGGUCCUCAUUAACAAACCGUACUCCUACAAGAUACGAAGGGACAUUCUCAUCACUGUACACUACUUUGCUCCAUUUUCCAUUCUUUUGGACAAUAUUCAAAUUCUCCUUGAUUCUACCGCCAUUAGAUUCACAAUUCACAUCAGUGUCCGCUUCUGCCAUCUUUCCUCUUGUUCAUUCCCCCCAUUUUCUUUGUCUCCACUCGACACUUCUCCUUCUUCUCUUCUUCUUCUGUGGAUUUUAUAUGGCGGUUGGCAACCAACUUUAAGGUGCAUUAACCGCCACCAAAUGGACUGGAGUGUGGACCAGAGACAGGGAAGGUCUAAAUCCUACCCAAUAUCCUCGUCUCCUUAAGGAAACAAAAUACAUAAUGAAAUACUACAUCCCCUGAAGAUUUCCCCAGCAGUUCACUUAAUCUAGGCUCUUCAACCCAAUUACUCCUCAAAUCUAAUAACAAAUCGCUCCCUUUCCCUCCUAUAUUUCUGGCACUGAAAUAGAACGUGUUCCACUGUCUCCAUCUCCUCCUGACAAUGAUCACAUCCACGGCCAGCCCACUUAUUAGGCUGGAUUAGGCGGCCACUUAUGGCAGCAGAUUGACAAGGGCGGCAUUUUCUGAGCUAAACUGACCAAGACGCACCUCCAACAAAACAUAAAACCUCACAUAUUUCUGCCCCAAAACAAUUUCUCUCAACCAGUGGCAUAUUGGCUUUUUAGGUGAGUGCUGAUGCCGCCCUGUGAUAAACAGUGCCCACUUUGUCAAAGGCAGGGGCUCAAAAUAUUUUGCUUGUCCAUUCCCAGCGCGCCUCUCCAGGGUGCUGUUGGUGAGAUGCAUUGCUGCGGCGCUCCACCAACGUUCCAUCAACAAAUUUUUUUUUAACAUAAAUCAUGUAGAAGAUAUAAGAUAUGGUAGAAAGAGUAUGUGGCCUUUUCUGUAGCCUACAGGCUGGAGAUGAAAUGUAUGACAUUGUAAUGAGACAGACACGUUUUACAUCAUGCAGAUUUCUCCGAUCAAAUAGCCUAACCUAAAUGGCGCCCAAUUAAAUAACAAAUGCGCUGUCAUGUUAACAAACAACAUAUUCUAAAAACAGGACAGGACAAAGGACAAACAGCUCUUACCUUCUCAAGCAACCCUUGAUCUAUCACUGUCUGAGGGAGCAACCAAGGUGGGAUAGCAGGAAGAACCACAGAGGGGGUAAACUUCCUCCCAAACAACCCCAUCUCUCACACCAUGCCAUUGCCUAUCCACCCAAAACUUAUAUUCAGAUUUCCUUCAUGUUCCCAGCACUCUGACUACCUUUUUUUGUAGGAUGUGGUCCACUCGACGCUCAUCAGUGCAACAUACGUCAUCAAUUUAUUCUUCAUCAAGGUUUAUUAGCAGACUACACUCAUAAGGCGUAUUGCCGCCACCUGCUGUACGAGGUAGUUAAAAAAAAGAAUCCCCCCCAGAAAAGCUGUUCUGGAUCAACAAAUACAUACUAAUUACCAAAAACAAAAAACACUUACAAAAAUUCUCUACUACUCUACUACCCUGAAUUUCAAAAUAUAUAUAUAUAUAUUAUAUAUAUUUUUUCAAUGUUAUAUUUUGUGUUAUAUGUUAUUAUUUAAAUGUCUAUUCAGAUCCCUACACAUGCUCAGGAACCUGGGAUUGGGGAACCUCUUCAUUCAGUACUCCCUGUAACUAGCUACUGCGACCACUCCAGGAACUCUGGAACGUGAUUCCCAUCACAAUUACAGCAACAAACUUCAUCGGACUCUUCAACUACGACAUAUUUAUUUAUUCGACAAACACUUGCCACGUGUCCAAACUUUUUACAAUUGUAACACGGCAGCGGCUUCUGUACAUACGGUCUCACCGCAUAUCUCAAAUUCCCAAGUUUUACAUAAGUCGGGAGAACCACUUCAUCAAACGACAGUAAAACCGAUAGGCUUUGCUCCUUCUUUCCGUCCACCAUUUGAGUCAAGCUAUGUGCGUCUACCACACCUGGCAUGUUAUCCAUAAACCACACAGCCUCUAUGUCCAACAAGACACCAGAGAUGACACCUUUAACCGGUGCCCUAGUCUGAAAAUCAUAGUUUUCCACAUCAUAUGUCGAUAUCUUGUAGAGCCACAGAGCUUUCUCCUUUUGCGCUUUUGACACACAUGAAAUCAACAUACCGCUGCUGGUCACUCUGACCGAUUCCACUUUUCCCAAUUCAUCCUUCACGUCAUCAAUUUGGGCACCAGGCGUGUCCAUAUAGCCUCUCCUAUCAAUCACACUUACAUCAUUCAAUAGAAAUGUAACGUAAGCAUAUGGUAGAAUGUGUGUUUUAACCAUAUCUGUCUUUGUCUUUGUGUGCAUCCAUGUAUGCAUGUGUGUGUGUUCCGGGCAGAUGCCUCCGGCGGGGAAACUAUUCUCUUGAUCUGGUUAAAUAAUUAAUUGUGAUUAAAUGAUUUAUAAUGUAAAAAGAUCUAUGGAUCAGCCAUGCUGUUCUUUUUCCACAGACUAUUCUGCCAAUAUGCUGUGUAUGAUUAUGGUUAAUAGUUUUCAGAAUCCAUUCAUCCUUAAUGACCUUAAUACAGCUUAGCAUGAGGGGCAAGGGAGUGUGUGUGUGUAUCACAUUACCAGAUGUUACUUAUGUGUACUGUAUGAGCACACCCAGCAGUGCUGAGCAAGCUAUGUCCUGCUCUGUCCUGCUCCUCAUCUUACGAUUUUUCAUCUUCUCUGUUCUGUCUUCUAUUCAUUUUCUCUGUUCUAUUUUCAUAGCUAUGGAGCCAUAUCAUUAUCUUAUUAGAGUCAGAACUUCACUUUAACCUCUCAUCUGAAGGAUGUCACUCUGUACAGGGUGGUUCCUUCCCUGUCACUGUGGAGCUGGGGUCUCCUUAAGAGCAGAGGAAAUAGUGCCCCCAUCUAGCAUCAUCAUCAUCAGCCAACAUCAUCUGAUCUCCCAUCCAGGGAGGCCCAACCUUGCUUAGCUUCAAAGACAAGCUAGCAGUGGGCUACAGGGUGCUAUGGAUGUCCCUGUAGUCAGUGUGUAUAUCUGCCUGCCUGGUGUUGUGUGACUUUUGCAUCAAUAAAUGUUCCUGAUCACUGGUAGAGAUUAACAUGGUGGAGAUCUGACGACUGAAUCCUGAAUUAGUAAUGAUGAUUAAUAUUCUCUUGCUCUCGCUCUCUCUCUCUCUCUCUCUCUCUCUCUCUCUUCUCUCUCUCUCUCUCGCUCUCUCUCUCUCUCUCUCUCUCUCUCUCUCUCUCUCUCUCUCUCUCUCUCUCUCUCUCUCUCUCUCUCUCUCUCUCUCUCUCUCUCUCUCUCUCUCUUGCUGUCUGUCCAGGUUGCAGCAGAAAACUCUGCUGGUAUUGGACCCUAUAGCAAGUCUCUGUACAUCAAAACUGCUGAGGCUCGUAGGUAUCCACUAAUAACAUACAAACACACACACACACACUUACACACACAGACAACUGUAUCCCUUUGUCAGCCCCAGGCCUGGUGACUAACCUGACAGCGUUUGCUGAGAACCACACGUUUGUAGUGGUCACGUGGCUCCUGCCACUCCGCAUCAACGGUCUGAUCACCAAGUUUGCGGUCAAAGCCAAACACGCUCGUACUGGUCAGACCGUCCGCAUACUAGAGCUGGAUGCUGAGGACAUCAUGACCGGAGCGCUACCACACUGUAAUGUAUGUCUUUCUCUCUCUCUCUGUUCGUCUGCUUCUUUCUUUCUCUCUCUCUCUGUUCGUCUGCUUUUUUCUCUCUCUCUGUUCGUCUGCUUCUUUCUCUCUCUCUCUGUUUGUCUGCUUCUUUCUCUCUCUCUCUACAAAGAUACUCUGACCAGAUCAUUAGCAGAAGACUAUCUAGAUGAGAUUAGAUUUUUCAACUGGUUUUUAAACGUUCAGAAAAUAUAUUGUAGUACAAACAGAACAGUGCUACAGGCCCCCAGUUUUUUUCCCUCUCUUUCUCUCUCUCUCUCUCUCUCUCUCUCUCUCUCUCUCUCUCUCUCUCUCUCUCUCUCUCUCUCUCUCUCUGUACUUAAAUGUGUGUGUGUGUGUGUGUGUGUAGGAUGCAGCAGACAUCCUGUCCCGUGGGACCCCCAGUCCGUCAGAGGUGACAGCUCUGACAGCGUCCUCUCCUCCCGUCACCCUGUCAGCCGUCCCGCCCGCCGCCACCUGGGCCGUACCAAUAUCCGUAGGGGUGGACCAGCUUCGCCCCUACACAGCAUACGUCUUCGAAGUGUCUGCUUUCACCUCCGACGGAGAGGGACAGGUCGCCUCCACCAUGGUCCGCAUGCCUGAGUCAGGUACACAAACACACCCACACACUCCACCUCUCUCCAUUUACAUCCCACUGGACACAGACGCCAGUUCAACAUCUAAUUUUGAUUUGCAUUGUGAAUUCAAUGUGAAAUCAACAAAAAAUGUCACCAUGUCAUUGGAUUUAGGUUAAACGUUAGGUACGUUGAUGACUUUUUGCAAAUCCAAUGAGUUUUCCACGUUGAUUCAAUGUCAUCACAUAGAUUUGGGGGGUUGAAAUGAUGUGGAAACAACGUUGAUUCAACCAGUUUUUGCCCAGUGGGAUAUCUCUGUCUAUAUCUCCAUUUAUCUUUCUAAAACCGUCUAUCUCUAUUUCUCCAUCUCUCUGUAUCUCUUCAUCUCUCUCUAUCUGUUCCAAUAUCUCCAUAUCUAUCUAUCUGUUCCUAUCUCUUAAUCUCUCUCUAUCUCUCCAUCUCUCUCUAUCUGUUCCUAUCUCUCCAUCUCUCUCUAUCUGUUCCUAUCUCUCCAUCUCUCUCUAUCUGUUCCUAUAUCUCUUCAUCUCUCUCUAUCUCUCCAUCUCUCUCUCUCUCUCUCUCUAUUCCUAUCUCUCCAUCUCUCUCUCUCCAUCUCUCUCUCACUGUUCCUAUCUCUCCAUCUCUCUCUCUCACCAUGUGGAUAUGUAUGUGUGUACUGCAGCCCCAGAGGACCCUCCCCACAACCUGUUGGUAUGGAACAUGACAUCUAAGUCAGUCUCUGUCUCCUGGGAUCCUCCAACCGUCGUUACCGGACGCUUCAGCUACGUUAUCUAUCUCUACGGCCCCACAGGUAAACACACACAUACACAUACACAUACAUCACUACAUUUAAAACACUGAAGGUCGCAGAUCUGACCCUAACGCUGUGUGUGUGUGUGUGUGUGUGUGUGUGUGUGUGUGUGUGUGUCUCAGGGUUUAUCUAUGAGAACAGCACAGGGGACCUGAGGUUUGUGUACUCUGGUCUGACACCCUACACACGCUACAGAGUGGAGGUCCGGGCCAAGUCUGCUGGCCUGCUGGGGCCUGAGGCAUUUACUGCUGUACUGACACCUGCUGAGGGUAAGAACACACACACAAACAUGUCUUGAGUGAUGUGCUCUGCCAGUGUGGUGCCCUUCCUCUCCCUAUUGGUCAGUGUGGUGAGUGUAGGAGUAUUUUCCUACCUAAAAUAUCUAAACAUUCGGCCUGGCUCUCUAACAUUCCGUCUAACACUGUCUGGCUCUGUGUGUGUGUAGCCCCCAGUGUGGUGCAGGCUCUACAGGCAGUAGCAGUAGACUCUGUGUCUGUGCGUGUGAGUUGGAGAAGCCCUGCCCAGCCCAACGGUCUGAUCACACAGUACAGACUCCUGGUUCUGUCUGACAACACACUGCUGCAGGACAUCACCCUCACCGGAACACAGGUACCACUCUAUCUGUCUGGAUUAGUGGCUGUGUGUGUGUGUGUCUCUGAUGUUUUUAUCUUAUCUUUAGGAUCUAAAUGACACUGAUCUCCUUGGUGAUGGAACGUUCGCGCCAGUUAUCCCUGAUGACUCUCUCCGGCGUAAGAGAUCAGCUGACAGCCUGACCAACUCCCCGCCUGCAUUCACGGUCACCCUCCCCGACCACACACUCAACACCGGCAUGACCAGGACUGCAACCAGUCGCACACACAGCACUCCAACCAGCCCUAACACUAACCUUGACCACAACAGCAACACUGACCCCACAGUCACUGAGGGCUCCAGUCUGACCAGUAUGGCCCCUGGGACUGGGACUGGGACUGACCAGACCUCUGACUUGCCAGACUCUACCCGUCUGAUCUUUGGCCCUGUGACCUCAGGGACCUCUGCCCUCUCCCUAACCUCCUCACCCCCGGCCACACCCCUCCCCUGGCUCACUGCCCACUCACAGCCCAGCCAGCUCACCUCUGGCCAGCCACACCUCUCCACCCGCUCUGCACCUGCAGCCACUGGACACCUCCAGACACUCCAAACAUACCUCUUCACCAGGGCUGCAGCCUCCAGCACCCCAGGAAGUACUGCACUCACCACCAACCUUUUAACCUUUUAACCGCAAGUUGACGUUUAUUGUCAUGAAUCUUGCCCUGGAAGCAGAACUGAGCGAUUUCCGCUAGAUGGGCCAACUGCAAAGUCAAAAUUGGCUAUAUUGUAUAAAUUCAUGAAAACAAAUGUGCUUUUUGGUCUAAAUUUAAGGUUAGGUUUAGGCAUUAGGGUUAGCAGUGUGGUUAGGGUUAGGUUUAAAAUCGGAUUUUAUUUGGCAUUUUAUUAGGAUCCCCAUUAGCUGUUGCGAUAGCAGCAGCUACUCUUCCUGGGGUCCACACAGAACAUGAAACAUGACAUAAUACAGAACAUUAAUAGACAAGAACAGCUCAAAGACAGAACUAGUGACCACUCUGGAGAGCUGCCUCCAGUACAUGAGCCAUGACAAUCAAUUCCAACCUGCCUUUUAAGCUCUAAACUCUUAACUCCUUUAACAUUAAAGACUAGUUGAUGAUGAGGUGUGUUACCACUGCUCUACAGUCUGUCCUCUACACUGUGUGUGUGUGUGUGUGUGUGUGUGUGUGUGUGUGUGUGUGUGUGUGUGUGUGUGUGUGUGUGUGUGUGUGUGUGUGUGUGUGUUCCAGAUGUGUAUUUGAGGGAGAAGGUGAUAGACAUGCAGGCUGAGGAGCUGUUUUACCUAGUCUCUGGUCUCAGUCCCUUCACUGAAUACACCUUCACUGUUACCGCGGCUACUGCUAUUGGAGAUGGACCUGCCACACACGUCACUGAGAAGACCCGCGAGCAGGGUACACACAGAUAUAUACACAGUUUUGUAAUAGUGUCAUUGUUUGUUUAUUGUUGUUGUUGUUUAUUGUUGUGUGUUGUUGUUAUCGUAGUUCCUAGCUCAGUGGUGGGCGUGUCCUAUCAGAAUGUUAGCUCCACCUCCAUCCUGGUCAGCUGGACUCCGCCCCUUAACCCCAAUGGACGAAUCACACACUACACUCUCUACGGACUCAACCUGCACAGCAACCAGGCCCUACAGAGAAUUACACACAACACCAGCAUACUGCUUACAGGUAACACACACACACACAAACACAAUGCUGUAUGUACACAUAUACACAUAUGGUACAAGUCUCGUUCAAGCCUGUAAAGAUGUAUUGGUAUUAAGCUGCUUGCUGUGUGUUUCAGGGCUGGAGAAGUAUACAGGUUAUAAGCUGCGAGUGGCUGCAUCUACUGCUGUAGGAGAGGGCUCUCUGUCUGACCUAGACGAUAUUUUCACUGUCACACCCGAGGAUGGUACGUACCACACACACACACACACACACACACACACCUCUCGUUGUGUGGGUUUCAUGAUAGAAAGUCCAAUCUUAUCCCUCUCUCUCUCCCCCUCAGAACCUGACUCCCCUCCUGUAGGGUUAACAGUGGUAGACACUUCUCCCUCCACCACCACCCUCUCUUGGUCGCCCCCGGAGAGAGCUAAUGGGGUGAUCCAACAGUAUGAGGUCGUGUACAAGAACCAAUCAUAUGUGGCAGUGUUGAACAGCUCUGUCCCCAGAGUGACUCUAACAGGGCUAAGGCCAUUUUCAUACUAUAACAUCUCUGUCAGAGCAUACACACGUAUCGGACAUGGAAACCACACCUCAGACACACUCACUAUGCUGUCUGGGGAGGACGGUGAGUCUACACACACACAUAAACUACUAGACACAAACACAUACACACACACACACAAACUAGACACAUGCACACACUAACGCCUCAUGUUGAAGUGUGUGUGUGUCUCCUCUCUAGUCCCGGGUAGUCCUUCCUACGGCCUGUCCUACGUGUCUGUCAGUUCCAAUGAGGUGAACGUGACCUGGGAGCAUCCCCUGGUGCCCAACGGAGUUAUCACACACUUCAGGUACAUCUCUGCAUGGCUUCUAGAUUUUAACUGUCUAGUGAUGACUAAAUGCACUUUAAAUGAAGUUUGAUUUGAUUUACAGCCUUGAGCUGCGAAACUCCUCCCACUUCCUCAACCUGACCACACCCAACAACCACGCCCAGAUCACACACCUGAGGAAGUUUGCGCAAUACACUCUGGUGGUGAAGGCACACACACGUAUUGGCUCCGGAAACCACAGCAGUGACCCUCUCAACAUCACCACUCUGGAGGAUGGUGAGAGCCUCUCAAACAUGCGCACACACACACACCCCAGAACCACAGUAAACCCCUAAACAUCACCCCAAUGCAGGGAGGGAUCUGGGGUAAGAGGAGGGAGGUAGAGGGAGACCAUGGUUAGGGUCAUUGUGUUUCAGGUAGCCGCGUUGUGGACCAUGGUGUUAACAUGACCAGAGACUCUGGACCACAGAAGGUUCAUCAUUACCUCUUCUUCUCAUCUCACUACUGAAAGUUCACUUCCUCUCUCGGUCACAGGUUCUCCUGACACUCUGACAUCACAGGUCAGGGGUCAGAGGUCAGGGGUUACCACAGAGUUAUUCAACCCAGAACCAUCACUAUUAACCAAUCAGCUUCACUUCACAGGGCUGUACUUACAGAUGAUUAACCAAUCAGCUUCACUUCACAGGGCUGUACUUACAGAUGAGACAGAAUGCAGACAGACCUUCCUUCUUCCAGUCCAUUUCCCCAAGGGGGCGUGGUUUUCAGUGUGUCUGUGUUUGGUUCUAACCAAUAGUAAGUUUGUUUCAGAACCAGACACUCCCCCUCAGUUUCUGCUAGCCAGGAAAUUGUCAGACUAUGAGGUAGAAUUGUCAUGGGAACCACCAAAAGAGGCCAACUCUGAGAUCCUCUACUACAUAGUCAGAGUCUGGUGAGUUUUAUGUAAUUAUUGAUCGAUAGUUUGAAUCCUACUGCUGAUGUGAUGUUGAAAAAGAUGUUGAGGGAUGAGGCAUUCUGAUUGAAGCAGAAGUUACAGCUCCAACAUGGCCUCUCUCUUCUUCCUCCUUCCUUCUCUCUCCUCUAGGAAUGAGUCGUUUGAGGUGUGGCAGAACGUGACAGAUACAGCUGUGGUUAUCAGUGUUGACUCAGAGAAUCGCUACAACGCCUCUAUCUCCAGCUGGACACGCCUGGGGGACGGGGGAGUCCUCAUAUACAUCAACUUCAGUAUUAUUGACGCAGGUACACACACACACAGUUAGAAACAGUUAGUUCCUUAACUUUUGAAAAUCUUGUAGUCCAAACUGAGCAAUGCUCUAGGCCUCCAGUUCAGUUUUAGUGAACACAAAGUCUUGCAAUUCUCUUCCACAGUGCCGUUUGACCCUCCCCAGAAUGUGUCGUUAGUGAAUCUGACCUCUUCCUCUGUGACCAUGCUCUGGCAACCUCCCACUCAGCCAAAUGGAAUACUCCUGCACUACACUCUGUACUACUCAGACAAUACCACUGUCACAGAUAAGGUGAGUUAUACAGCACUACAUUGUAUACUACACAGACAAUAAAGCUGUUAUAAAGCAGGUGAGUAACACACACGCGCACUGUACACUGAUGUGUAAAAGUGUGUUAUUUUCUACUUUAAGGGCAUUGUCUCUCUCUUCCCUCUCCAUUAGCAUAUCCCAGUGUCAGAGCUGGACCCUGUCUCUCCGGGGGAGGACCUGUCCUACCGUCUGUCUGGCCUGAGAGGAGGACAGAACUACAGCCUCUGGCUGACCUCCAGCACCCUGCAGGGGGAUGGGGGGGUCCAUACUGAUCCCUUAAACCUACUCACCCCAGAGGACGGUCAGUCACGCACACACACACACACACACACACAGAGAGUCUGCACUGUUUUUUCCAACCUCUUUUUGAACUUAAUAAAAUCACGGAAAAACUCUGAGAUUGAAGUGGAACUUUCAGCUGGCUAGUGAAAGGAGGUAACUCUGUCAGUCUGACAAACUGGCCCUUUUUGUCCCUCCGAGGCCUCCGCACCUCAGACAACCAGUUUGUAUCUCCUUUUACUGAACCUGGUGGAAGUUUAGUCUUUACCAUCUUGGAUAUCUGUUCAUAUCUUGUAGUCCAAACAGAGCAAUGCUACAGCCCUCCAUUUAUUUAGUAAACACAUCUUGGCUAUCAUUAAUCCUUCAAUGCUAUCAACAUAGACAUCCUGUAUAGUUUUGUCAGUAGUGUAUACUUUUAUUCCCUCAAUGUUAGUAGUUGAUAGUGUUGAGAAGUGAUCAGUCAUCUGUUAAUGUUGUCAGUAGCUUCAGAUUAAUCACUGUUGAAUGGCAGCAUCUGGAUUAUAAUAAGAAGUAGCAAUGUCCAUAUCAAGUAGUUAAUACAAAUAAAAAGUCUGAUAUUAUUUAUCUGGAUUAUAAAAUGUAGCUAGCUAGUCAGGUAUUGUUCAUAUUUUACUAUGAUCUCUUUGUUUUUAUGUGAUUUUGGGAAAAAUGGUGUUGACAGACUGCAGCCUUCAUCUGACGUAUAAUAGUAACUGACUCCUGUUUCUGUCUGAUGAUAUCUCUGAUACUGACUAUGUGUCUCUGCCUCUGUGCUCCAGCCACCGGACCUCCAGCCCACCCUGCCUGUCCUGCCCUGCCAAGCCCAGCAGGGCUCACUGCCCUGGGCUCAGACACCCACACACCGCCCUCUCUCCUCCAUCCAUCCAUCCACAUUACCAGUCUCUCAAUUUGCCUUCUCUGAGGUCUUCCCUCCCUCCUUACAUUUUAGUCAUUUUAGUCCUUCUCUCCUCCAUCUCCACUUCUCUUGUUCUCUCCAUCCCCGUUUCCCAAUUUGCACAUGCUCAGUUUGCUCUCUCCAUAUGGUCAGACUCAGUGACCGGAGCUUAGAGGAUGGACAUCAGAAGAGGGUGUAGCCAGGAUGAGUAUCUGCUGUUCUAAGUUUCUUUCUUCAAACUUUCUUGAUUUGAAGUUUCUCAAUACAAAGUUUCUCUGGUCAAAUGUUUCUUGUUUUCUUUUCACACUGAGGUUCUCCCUGUUGCUCAUGGGGUGAUGAUCCUCAUGAUGAUGAUGAUGAUGAUGAUGAUGAUGAUGAAGUGCUGUUUUGUGUGUGUUGGUGUGUCUCUCUCCCUGGGGUGGCUCAAGUGUUUGAUUUCUUAAUAAUGUUGUUGGUUUGGGUGGAGAUGUAUUGUGUAUGUGUACACAGCAUCCUAUACUGUAGCUUGUAGUGUUCUAGUAAUGACACCCUGUUCGCUAUGUAGCACCAUCUUGACCCAUCAUUUCCGACGCAGUCCUAGUAUUCAGUGAUAUAAAUUAUGCAUAGUAGUUCAGUCAGUCAUACUAACUCCCUGUCUCCCCCCACAGUGCCAAGUGAUCCGGUCCACAACCUCAGUGCUCAGAUCUUCAGUUCUACGGCCAUCAUAGUAAGCUGGGACCCCCCUAUGGAACCCAACGGACGCCCCUUCUACCUGCUCACCCUGCAGGAGGCUGGACACCCCCUUACCACUGAACCCCUGAACCCCCCAAACCAUAACAGCAACCCCCGCGGACCCCCCGCUGUCAACAAUACCAUCACCAAGACAACCAAUGACAACGUCUUCCUGUUUACCAAACUCAGGAAGUACUAUCCCUACAUCUUCACUGUUACCCCGGCAACCAGUGCCGGUCCCGCCCACAACCACACCAGCCUGCUGCACGUAAGGACCGAUGAUGAUAGUGAGUCUUCUUACAUACUCUCUCACACUCACUCACUCACACACUCACACACACACACACACACACACACACACACACAUAUACACACAAAAUGUAUAUUUUAAACUCAUACACACACAUACUAUUAACCCACUCUCUCCCUCCAGUCCCCAGUUCAGCUCCAAUGCUGGUGUCCAGUAGGAACCUGUCGUCCUCCUCAGUGUCUGUGGUGUGGCAGCGCCCCCUGGAGACCAACGGAGAGUUAACCGAGUAUUCCCUCACCCUGUUCGGCCCUGGAGGCUCCAACACCACACACACCCCCAACACCACCCUCACACUCACACAGCUGCUGCCCUACACUGCCUACAACCUCUCCAUCACCGCAGCCACCCGCAAGGGCUCUGGACCACCGCUACUACUGAUGCUGCACACAGACGAAGCAGGUAAUCUUUAACCUCUCACCUUUAACCUCUAUUAACCUCUAACCUAACAUAACCCCUCCAACUGCUGCCAUUGAACACAGACGAAGGCCAGUAAUGUACUCUUACAUUGUGUUCCACCAGGUCCGAUGUCUCCUCCCCGUAACCUGUCUCUGUAUAACCAUACAGCCUUCUCUGUGUGGCUGACCUGGGAAGCCUCUCUGGAACCCAAUGGUGUGGUCACACACUACGGCUUCAGGAUCAUUGAGAACAACACAAACACACUCACAUACCAGGUACUGCACACACACACAGGAAUGCGCACACACACACACACACACACACACACACACACACACACACACACACACACACACACACACACACACACACACACACACACUCACAAAGAAACGUUAAAUAUGUGUAACUGGAGUCCUGUGACUUUGCUAUGUUCUGUCUAUAAGAUUUCCUGAUUUCUCUCUCUCUCUCUUCCCCCCUCCUCUCUCUCAGAACUCUACAGGUCCGUGGACAGAAGGACAGCUGAGUGGGUUCCGGCCUCACCGCUCCUAUGAGAUCAGUGUGUUUAGCUACACCAGAGUGGGUCAUGGAGACCAGUACAGCACUCCUGUGUCUUUCACAACCAACGAGUCAGGUCCGUGUGUGGGUGUAUGUGGGUGUGUGCCUGGGUAUGUGGGGUUGUGGAACUAGAAAUCAAGUGCCAUAUGCAUGUGAAAGUGGCUAAUAACCCUUGCGUUAACCUUGUGUCUCCUGGCUCCAGUGUCUGAGGCGGUGGGUAACCUGUCCUGCUCUGGUCUGAGCUGGGACUCUGUGUUUCUACACUGGGAGCCUCCAGCCAACCCCAAUGGACUCAUCCUGUACUACCAGGUCCAGGUGGACACACACUCAGACUCACAGGCAUACAUACACCAGGCUGACACAAACCAGUACACGGUCAGCGGGCUGGCGCCGGACGCAGAAUUCAAACUCACCGUGACGGCUGUCAACUCUGCCGGCCCAGGAGACCAGAUCAACUGUACUGCCUACACACACCCCGAGUCAGGUACACACACACACACACACACACACACACACACACACACACACACACACACACACACACACACACACACACACACACACACACACACACACACACACACACACACACACACACACACACACACACACACACACACACUUCACCAGGAGACCAAAUGAACUGUACCACCUCAACCCACCUUUAUAUCCCCCUGCAGUUCCUGGUGUCCCUCGCUUCCUGAGUGUGUCAGAGGCCACACCCACCAGCGUGACGCUCCAAUGGGCUCCUCCCCUCUCUGCUCCGGGCAUGCUCACUGAGUACCGCAUCACCGUGCAGCUGCUGUCACCCGACUGCCAGUCUGACACACCCCUAGCUGAGGCCACACACCUGCCAGAGCCUACCCCUGCCCUGGCUCCAGGCUGCGUGGAUCAGGAUGUAUGUUUACCUGGAUAUCUGAACGUAAAUGUUGUCGGCUGCUGUGUCGUACAUACAGUAUGUCUACAUGAAUAUGCUGUAUGACACAGAAUGAAUUUCCUAACAUUGAACUCAACAUCAUCUUCAUGUUCAUGAUCUUCCUGGUCAGGUGUUGGUGUCAGUGAAUGGUUCUGAUGGUGGUGAGGGCAACAGGAGCAUCACUCUCCAGUCUCUGGUCAAGUACCGCCUCUACCGCUUCAGAAUCACAGCCCUUACUAAUGCUGGGCCAGGAGAACACACACCCUGGAGAUACACACACACACUGGCUGGGAGUAAGUACACACAAGCAUGCACACACACAUACAAAAGUACACACAUACACACAUACAUACAACAGAAGUACCCACACACCCAGGCAGUAUGUGCAUAUUCAUACCUGUCUCAUCCCUCAGACCCUGAUGCCCCACCCAGUGACCUGUCGGUGACCAUGUCCUCCAACAGCCUCCGUAUCCAAUGGCAAGUCCCAGAUGUGAUCACCGGCCCCACUUCCUACCUCAUAGACGUCAUCUCUGUGAGUACACACACACACACACACACACACACAAAUAAUAAAAUUAAAAUGUUUCUUACGACUGUAUGUUGUGUCGUUGUUCAGCUGGAUAGCAAGGGGUUAAACCAGUCUGUAGUACGAGGUCCAGAGGAGCUGAGGACCGUAGUUGUGACAAACCUGACUGCGUUCAGUCGCUACUCUGUGACCGUGACCGCCUUCACUGGACCACUGGAGAACGCACGGCGGGACGGACAGGCUACUGAGCCCACUGUCAUCAGAACAAUGGAGGAGGGUGAGGAAUACACACAUACAGUAAUACAGUAGCUACUUUAUUCAACUAGAAAGUAGUUCAUCUCUCUCUCUCUCCUUCUCCUCCGUCCAUCCCGCUCCCCUCCUCCCUCCAGAGCCCAGGGAUCCUCCUAAGAACGUGACCCUGCAUGUGAUUCCAGAGGAAGUGACCCGUGUGUUUAUGACCUUUGCCCCCCCGGAGGAACCCAAUGGGAACAUAAGUUCCUACACGGUGCUUGUCUACCGCCAGGGCCAGCUAGAGAUGACCAUUAACCACCUCGCUGUGGUCAAAAAUAAGAACCGCACUCUGACCGCAGUCAUCGAGGGGCUGAAGGGAGGCUACAACUAUAGUAUACGGGUGAGGAUCACACACACACAGGACUCAACUACACACACACACAGGUCACAACUACACACAUAGGUCACAACUACACACGCAGGUCACAACUACACACACAGGUCACAACUACACACACACAGGUCACAACUACACACACAGGUCACAACUUCACACACAGGUCACAACUACACACACACACAGAUCACAACUAUAAUAUAUGGGCGAGGAACACACACACUGUCACAAAACACUUCAGCUUUCUGAGAAAAUCUCCUCUCUCUCUCUCUCUCUCUCAGAUUGCAGCAGUAAACGGCGCAGGUUUAAGCCCCCCCAGCUCAGAGGUUCGGAUCACUACUGGAAUCAUAGGUACAGUGCUACAUUUACACUACAUAAGGGUGAUUACUCAUGAAACCAGGACAAAAAAAGACCAUGAUUUUCAGGAAAUCUAAUCCAUAGAAUGUUCCUUUGGAGGAAGGACAUGAGUCCAUUUUAAUAUUGAUAAUGCUUACAGAUUGGAUCAUAACUCUAACAGAAGCAGAGAUCCCACUCUGGAACUUUGAUAUGCCUGUAGAUUAUAUAUUGUUUGAAAAUAAAAAGAAAUAUAUGCCAAAUCUAAAAAUGUAUAUUUUCAAUAGUCAUGUUAAUGUUUUUCAAUAUUCAUAAAUGAAUGUAAGAAUUGCUUUAUUGAAAUCAAAGUACUACUCAUAUUACAGAGCAGGCAAUAAAGUGGUAAAGAGGUGAAGCUUCAUAUGACACCAAUGUUUGCUUUGGAGCUCCUACAGACUAAACACUAUGGAGUCUUAAAGGAGGCCUGGGGAAGGCCAAAAUGUCAUAAACAUACCAACUUUGAUUAAUUAUUUAUCUAUUAUGUUUUUUAAAUACAAAUGUAAACUAUAUGUCAACAAUCCUUCCUCUAAAGUCCAUUCUAUGGAUUAAAGUUCGGGAAAAUCCCCCAAAUCAUGGUAUUUUCUUGGUCCUGAUUUUGUGAGGAAUCCCAUAACCCAUUCAUAACCCCAACAUGACCCCUGCAUAACCGCAACGUUUGUGUGUGUGUGUGUGUGUCUGUGUGUAGCUCCUGCCAAGCCUACCCAGAGACCCCAGGCCGUGCUGGACCGAGGAGGAGUUGCCAUGGUAACCUCCAAGAGCAUCAUUGUCCGCAUGCCAGCCUGUUUCUACAGCGAUGACAACGGACCAAUCAGCAGCAUCCAGAUCAUUGUGUCAGAAUCUGGGGGUACGACAUCACACGCGCUAACAUGCACAGACACACACAUAAACAUACAGUACAUCUAUCAGACAGAAAAUAUCUCCUAA